CAAACUUGUAACCAAACUGAUCGUAUGGUUGCACUCCUUCCGUCUCACUGCAUACUAGACGCCUGCUGCACCUGCCAUGUAAUACCUCGCCUUACCUAAGAGAAAACAUUGGAUGUGUCGCACAGAAAGAUGGAUGUGCUUUCCAGGCCAGCCUCAGGUCCAAUUCUGUGGCAGUUGCUCAGAUCCAAGACCCCCCAGAUUUCAGGGGGCGUUCCGUCCCCAUCUAAAAGGGCCAUGGAUUAAAAUAGCUAGCCAAGUUACCAGGAUGGGCCAAGACUCUUGAUCUUCUCUUUAACAGUUUAACGCAUCUUCAUUCGGCGCGCUUCACACACCUAGCAUCUCCUAGUAUCCAACUGCAUACCUGCACACGUAGGGACGCAGCCCCUUAGUUCUAAGUCUCGGCGCAUCCUUAUUUAUUCCUUAUUUCUUAUUCCUUAUUCUAAUAUCUCCAAUUCUUUACCAAUUCCUCCAAUGCUUCCUAUAUAGUAGGUUAUCGUCGAGAACCUCAUGAGCCUCUCUCUUUGUUCCGAACUACUUCACCGAGACCGGGGUUGAAGGAGAUCACUGUCGUUUGUCUCGAGAAUGUCAUGGUCUCUCUAGAGUCAACCUAACUUCUCUCUUUUUUUCCUUUAUGUGCAAGCAUUUUAUUAGUCGUAUAGCACAUUCUUUUUCCUAGAUGCUUCUUAGAUACCGCCGCUUCAGGCGUAACUAUUUGCGCCCGAUACUCCUCGUCCUAUUCUUCCUCUUCACCAUCGAUGCCAUACUCCUCGUGCGCCAUCGUCCCAACACCUACCGAGCGAACCUAAACGACAUUGACCGACGAUCCCCGUCUUCUCCGUCGGGAAACACCACCGUCUUCAUCGCAUCGGUACAUCGGAACACGGAACUUAUACAGAGGUCAGCAUGGAACAAGGCCGUCCUAGCUCUAGUCGACUACUUGGGUCCAGAGAAUGUCCACCUGUCGGCCGUUGAAUCGGGUUCGCAGGAGGGAACGAAAGAGGCGUUGAUGGAUUUGAAAGCGGCGCUCGACGAGAGAUCUGCUUCGAAUACGAUCAGCUUGGGAUUAACGGUCUGGGAGCAGUUGGAAGAAAUUGAUGCGAGGCCACCGCCCGGUUCGCGGGAGCCCGGAUGGAUCUGGAAUGUUGCCGAAAGUCAAUUCGAGUUGCGCCGCAUACCUUACCUUGCCAAGGUUCGCAACCAGGCCAUGGAACCGCUCAAACAGCUGCAGAGUGAGGGGAGAAAGUUUGACAAGGUCCUUUGGCUGAAUGAUGUCGUAUUUGACACCGAGGACAUUGUCACAUUAUUCAACACUCGCGACAAUAACUACGCAGCCGCUUGCUCCAUGGACUACAAGGUAUCACCUCUGUACUACGACACAUUUGCUCUUCGAGAUGACAUGGGUCUUAAGACGAUAUCCCUUUACUGGCCGUGGUUCCAAUCUCCUACCUCGAGGGCCUCUGCCGAGCGCAAUGCGCCCAUUCGCGUAAAAUCGUGUUGGAACGGGAUCGUAGCGUUCGACUCAGCGCCUUUCUAUGCCAACCCGCCGCUAGAGUUCCGCGGUAUCGACGACACCCUAGCGGAUUUACACUUGGAGGGUUCGGAAUGCUGUCUGAUACAUGCAGACAACUACCUAACAUCCGAGAAGGGCGUAUGGUUAAAUCCAAAUGUUCGCGUCGCUUAUGGCGUGAAAGCAUAUUAUCAGGUCCGGACGAACCGGUUUCCCAACCCGUUCUGGACAGUGGUGGGCGCGUGGGUCAACCGGCUAUACAGCUGGCACGUCGGCAUACAGAGCCGGCUUGAGAACCGGGUAGUUCGGAGUAGGAUGGAACAAUGGCAGCUCGAAACGCCGGACGGGGACCUGCCACGAUACGAGCCCGGAGAGGCAUGUCUCAUCAACGAGAUGCAAAUAAUGUGGUCGAAUGGAUGGAAACACUUGUAAAAUACGUUCCUGGCAUAGAUAAAAAGGAAUUGGCUAGAAGGAAAAGGUUUUUUUGUAAUAUACCCAAAAGUCUGAGCAUUGCAUCGAUCUUGAUUUUGCCCCACUUCGAACUCACAGCUUGAAUACAAAUCAACCAC